UUGUUUUUCUUGUUUGUUUGUUGAAACUGUUUGCUCGUUUAAUUUUAUAAAUGCACGUUUGUCUUUUUGUCACCUUUUUUCUCCACUCUCUUCAACUCACAUAUAAAUAUGUAUAGUAUAUGUACAUGGUGAUUUUUUAAGAGCUUGAUAACUUUUUUUUUAAAAAAAACGCAUAAAAUUUGCAAAAUCUCAUCGGUUCUUUAUUUGAAACGUUAGAUUGGUUCAUGACAUUUACUUUUUGAAGAUAAUUUCAUUUAAAUGUUGACCGCGGCUGCGUCUUAGGUGGUCCAUUCGGAAAGUCCAAUUUUGGGCAACUUUUUCGAGCAUUUCGGCCGGAAUAGCCCGAAUUUCUUCGGAAAUGUUGUCUUCCAAAGCUGGAAUAGUUGCUGGCUUAUUUCUGUAGACUUUAGACUUGACGUAGCCCCACAAAAAAUAGUCUAAAGGCGUUAAAUCGCAUGAUCUUGGUGGCCAACUUACGGGUCCAUUUCUUGAGAUGAAUUGUUGUCCGAAGUUUUCCCUCAAAAUGGCCAUAGAAUCGCGAGCUGUGUGGCAUGUAGCGCCAUCUUGUUGAAACCACAUGUCAACCAAGUUCAGUUCUUCCAUUUUUGGCAACAAAAAGUUUGUUAGCAUCGAACGAUAGCGAUCGCCAUUCACCGUAACGUUGCGUCCAACAGCAUCUUUGAAAAAAUACGGUCCAAUGAUUCCACCAGCGUACAAACCACACCAAACAGUGCAUUUUUCGGGAUGCAUGGGCAGUUCUUGAACGGCUUCUAGUUGCUCUUCACCCCAAAUGCGGCAAUUUUGCUUAUUUACGUAGCCAUUCAACCAGAAAUGAGCCUCAUCGCUGAACAAAAUUUGUCGAUAAACACAUUUCGAACCGAACACUGAUUUUGGUAAUAAAAUUCAAUGAUUUGCAAGCGUUGCUCGUUAGUAAGUCUAUUCAUGAUGAAAUGUCAAAGCAUACUGAGCAUCUUUCUCUUUGACACCAUGUCUGAAAUCCCACGUGAUCUGUCAAAUACUAAUGCAUGAAAAUCCUAACCUCAAAAAAAUCACCCGUUAUACAAGAAGAAGUGGCAAUAUCGCAGGGCCCGAUAACAGUGAAUAUUUAUAUUCAGAGCAACCACAACUGUAAACCAAAAGGCCCCUUGUUAAGGGAUAGUAACAAUAGAUCUUUCUUAGAUAAAUAUUAUUACACUGUUUCUAAAUCUGGCGUAAAGUUAGAACGUACAUGGCUGUCCUAUUCUCUAUUGCUUCAAAAAGCAUAUUGUGCACCAUGUUGGUUAUUCGCAAAUAGGGCGUCUAAAAAUAUACAAAAUAUUUGAAUGGAAGGCAAUGAUGAUUGGAAACAUAUUGUGGAAGCCAUAGAAAGACAUGAGACAUCGAAAGAACAUUUGCAUUCAUGUUUUGUACAUCGACAGUGGCAGUUACAUGGAACACUAGAUGAAGAGCAAGAGUCCAUUAUCAAGAGAGAAAAUUUUUUUUGGCGCCAGGUACUCACUAGACUUCUUGAUGUUACUCUGAUACUUUCAAUCUGUAAUUUAGCUUUUCGUGGUCAUAAAGAAACGGUAUAUGGCAACGAUUCUGGUCCAAAAGGAAAUUUUUUGAGUAUUGUUGAGUUAUUAGCCAAAUACGAACCUAUUUUACAAGAGUUGCUAAGCAAACCUAAGGACCAGAUUAAAUACUUAAGUCCAAAAAUACAAAAUGACCUCAUUGCUGUUCUGGUUCAAAAAGUGGAAAAUGCCCUGGUAAAUGAAAUAGUCACCGCGCCGUUUUAUUCCAUUUUGUUUGAUACUACUCAAGAUAUUUCCAAAACAGAUCAAUUGUGUGAACUUUACCGUUACUGUGUAAUCGAGAAAGAUGAAAAUGGAACUCCAAAGGCUCUCGUAAUUAAAGAGUCAUUUUUAAGAUUUCAUGAGGAUCAAACUGCCUUAGCAAUGUCCAAGCAGAUAAUAAAAUCCAUAAAUGGCAAAAGUAUUUCUCUGAAUAAGUGCCGUGGACAAGGGUACGAUGGAGCUAAUACUAUGAAAGGUACUUAUGGCGGAAUUCAAAAACUCAUAAGAGAUAUAGAGCCAAAUGCAGUGUAUGUCCAUUGUGCUGCUCAUAAUUUAAACUUGGUAGUAAAUGAUGCAGUAAAAGAGGUCAUAGAAAUACAAACAUUAUUCGAAACUGUGCAACAAAUUUAUAAUUUUUUUGGCCAUAGUAUUAGACGAUGGAAUAUAUUAUCUAGUUUUAUAUCUGACAACAAAAAAGGAGAAACCGUUAUAUCAUCAAAUUCAGUAACAUUAAAAACAAUGAAUCCAACUUGAUGGGCAGGACGCUUUGAUGCCAUGUUUGCUUUAAAGGUUCGAUUUGUUGAUGUUCAAAAAGCGCUAACAAAAACCAUUUUAUCAAAUUCCAAAUCAGAUGAGAGAAAUGAAGCUAUCUUGCUAAAGAAGAAGGUAGAGAACUACAAUUUUAUUAUGUUGCUGGUUUUCCAUUGCAAAGUCUUACAAACCAUAGACGCGGCUUCUAAAGCACUUCAAUCUAAAGCCGUCGAUCUUUCAAAUGCUUCAAAGCGUUUGCAAGUCUGUCUAGAAGAACUUGAAAAGUAUCGACAUGAAUUUGAAGAUUUAAAAACGGAAGCAAAUAGUAUUGCAGUUAAAUGGUCUAUAAACCCUGAAUUUCCUAAAACUCGUCAGAGAAAAGUGAAACGUCAUUUUGAUGAAAUUUGUGAGGAUGAACGUCUCCAAGAUCCUGAAAGCUUGUUUAAAGUGAACGUAUUCUAUCGUGUAUUAGACAUCAUCAUUAAUCAACUUAGAUCGCGUUUCCUUGGAAUGAUUGAAAUUGUUUCCAAUUUUAGUGUCUUGCAGCCUGCCACUUUGCAAAACUUGAAUGAUACUGAUUUAUUGGAAAAGGCUUUAGCAUUUGUCCAUUUAUAUAAAAAAGAUAUAUCUAUGUCGUUUUCCAAAGAAAUUCUCAG